AUGGCAGGAAAUUUGCCAGAUUUAUGCCUUCUCGGUAUCUUCAAACAUUUGAAUGAUGAUUAUAAAACUUUGUAUUCUUGCACAUUUGUUAAUAAACGAUGGAGUUACUCAUCUAUUCCAAUAUUAUGGACAAAUCCGUUCGAGCUGAUCAGUUCAUUUAAAAAACCUAAACUUUUAAAACCUUUAUUAGAUACCUAUCUUUCUUUUUUACCUCAAAGUCAAUCACAAGAACUUGAAAUCAAACCAAGAUUUAAUCGAAAUACCAUGACCUUCAAUUAUCCUGUAUACUUUCGUCAUAUGAAUUUAUUAUUGAUUUUUGGUGGUAUAGAACAUUGGUAUCAACAAGAACCUACGCGUGAAAACUAUUCAUGUACUUUAUCGAAAGAAAUUUCAAUUUGUGAAGCAUUGGUUGAAUAUUUCUUUAUUCAUUCUUCUAAAAUUGACACACUUGUUAUUCGUAAUUUUGAUUAUUUUGACAUCUUAAACCUUUCUGGCUCUACAAAUGUUCUUUCAAAAAUUCACACACUAAUUUUCGAUCAUGAUAUUUUCAAUCAAUUUUCAACUUUAUCAAGUUUAAAUCAAAAUAUCAGAUCGUUAACAUGCUACAUUGAACCUCCUCAUCUCGAGUUAAAUGAUAGUUUAAAACAACUUAUUCGAUCUCAAAAAAAUUUAAUUGAUAUUACAAUCUCUGAACCUGAACCUGACGAAAGAGAAAAACCCUUUCCGAUGUAUUGGGAAAUAUUUCAUUCUUCAAUAAAUGUUACAUUGACAAUUACUUUUAUAGAGUUUGAAGGUAUCGAAUUUCCUCGAAAUUUUUCUUUAUUCCAUCAUUUAUCUUCAUUUAUCAAUUUACAAUACCUCAAAUUUAAUGGUUGUGAUUUAUUGGGUAUUUUUUUUAAAGAGGAUCAACUUUUACAUGAAAUUAAUUCCUAUCGUCCUUUAGCUUUUAAAAAAUUAAAUACUAUCAUCGUUAUUGAAACUUCUCUCAACAUAGAGAUAUUAAAGAUCCUUUUACAGUUAUCAGGUGAAGAAUUGAGAUGUUUGGAAUUAUUGGAUAUGAAAAUCGCUAAAUUUAAUUAUAUUAUAAAAUGGUUGGAAGUUUUUUGUUUGAAAUUAAGAAGAUUGGUGGUUAUGGAUCGAUCAAAUAAGUUGGAGAUAGUGAGAAUUCAAGAUUUUUUUCAAAAAUUUGAUAAUCUGCCGUAUGUAAUUAUUAAUGGAGAAAAAUUUACACCUUAA